GUGGCCGGUCUCAUUCUGAGAACAGAUUUGGUGAUAGACGAACUCCACUACAAAAACUUUAAAACGGACAGAAAUGGGUGAUGAUACUACUGCUCAGUUAUGAAACGCCGUAUGACCGCAUCUCUAAUUGGAGCGUGAUGUAAUAGGAAAAUACCGCUGUGGUGCAGAGUAAUUGUUCUUGAGUCCGGUAUACACUGGAGAAGAGGAAAACUGGACAGCUCACAAGAAACAGACCUAACAGAGCAUUGUGAAUCAUUCUGCUUUUAAGAUACGGAGGUAAAUAAUUAAAAAUCCUGAAAUUCCAUCUUUAUUCUGAAACAUAGGAAACUACUUAUGAACUUUUAAAUAUGUGUGUGAUAAUUUCGGGUAGUCUGACGCUGCGUUUUUAUUUGUUGUGCAAAAGAAGAAUCAACCGAAUAAUGCACAGUUCACGUUCUUAGGGAUCAAAUUUCAGCAACAGAGAAAGAAGCGACCCAACUGGAAACCUUGUAAUAAGAUUCUUGCAAGAUAAAAAAAAACAUAAACAAACAAACAAACAAACAAACAAAAACUAAUUAUUAUACUGUGGAAAACAUUCUUGCAGUUUAUUGAGAUGCUAACAAACAAUGCUUGAAGUUGGAUCCGAAACAGACUCCAGAAAAAGUAACUCACGCUUUGAAUUAGUAUUUGAACAUAAGAUAAGCUGCUGUUUUGGACAUUGUAAGUAGAAUGUGAAAAUAACAAUAAUACAUGAAAACAGAGUGAGAAAAAACGGGAGAAACAACCUAAAUCAAUGUGUGCCUGUAGUAACGCAAUCUGAUUGCCAGCUUUUACAACUUUUUUCCCUGAACUGCGUGUGCCUGCACGUUUCCCUGCUUCGCCGCUGACAUUUGGAAAUGUUUAUUCUCCUAUGGGCAAUUCAUGAAAGAACUGUAACUAUUUCAUUAUUUUUCACGUGCACUUAUUCUUGGCUGGCUCCACUUAUCUGCGGUGAAUGGCACGAUUUGGUUUGUUGCAAUUAAAUGGCCUCGCGAGAAUGUUUGUACUUGGAGUCCUGGCUGGCUUCUCAGUUGUCAGUAUGUUGACUUACGGUUACCUGUCGUGGGAAAACCUCAAUUCCAUAGUACACGACAGAGCAGAAAACGAAAUAGACAAGCCUACCUCGCAACCUCACAUUAUUUUCAUCCUGGCAGAUGAUCAGGGAUUCAGAGACGUGGGAUACCAUGGUUCUGAGUUCAAAACUCCCACAAUAGACAGACUUGCUGCUGAAGGGGUUAAACUGGAGAAUUACUACGUUCAGCCUAUGUGCACUCCGUCAAGAAGUCAGUUUAUUACUGGCAGAUAUCAAAUCCACACUGGCCUUCAGCACUCCAUUAUAAGACCCACUCAGCCUAACUGUUUACCGUUGGAUAAUGUGACGCUACCUCAAAAACUGAAGGAGGUAGGGUAUUCCACACACAUGGUUGGGAAGUGGCACCUGGGGUUUUAUAAAAGAAACUGCAUGCCAACUCAAAGGGGCUUCGACACCUUCUUUGGCUCUCUGUUGGGAAGUGGUGAUUACUACAAACAUUUUAAAUGUGACAGCCCUGGAAUAUGUGGCUAUGACUUACAUGAGGGUGAGAAUGCAGCCUGGGAGCACGACAAUGGGAUCUACUCCACAAUAAUGUACACCCAAAAGGUGGUGGAUAUUCUAGCAUCUCACAACCCCAGGAAGCCUCUCUUUCUGUACUUGGCUUUCCAGGCAGUACACUCCCCCCUUCAGGUUCCCAGCAAAUAUUUGGAACACUACAAAUCAAUUACCAAUUUGCACAGGAGGAAAUAUGCUGCCAUGGUAACCUGCCUAGAUGAAGCUAUCAGCAAUGUGACAUUGGCUUUGAAGAAGUAUGGUUACUACAACAACAGCAUAAUUGUGUACUCCUCGGACAAUGGAGGGCAGCCCAUGGCAGGAGGGAGCAAUUGGCCUCUCCGGGGGAGCAAAGGGACAUAUUGGGAAGGAGGCAUUCGUGCGGUGGGGUUUGUGCACAGCCCACUGUUGCUAAACAAAGGCACCUUGUGUCGGGGUCUUUUGCACAUCACUGAUUGGUAUCCCACUUUGGUGACGUUGGCUGAAGGCCAGCUUGAAGAAGACCUGCUCUUGGAUGGUUACGAUGUGUGGGAGACUAUCAGUGAAGGAAUGCCCUCACCCCGGCUGGACAUCCUACACAACAUUGACCCCAUUUACACCAAGGCCAAACACGGGUCCUGGCAAGCCGGCUACGGCAUCUGGAACACUGCCAUCCAGGCGGCCAUCAGGGUUGGGGACUGGAAGCUACUGACAGGUGUCCCUGGGUACAGUGACUGGGUCCCACCACAGACCUUCUCUGGACUCAUGACUAACCGCUGGCACAAGGAGCGGGUGUCCUGGGGCUUGGGUAAGUCUGUCUGGCUCUUCAACAUCACAGCGGACCCCUACGAGCGGGUGGACUUGUCUCGUCGGUACCCUCACAUAAUCAAGCAGCUGCUGCUCAAGCUGGCCUUGUACAACAAGACUGCAGUGCCUGUCAGAUACCCCCCUAAGGACACCAGAAGCAACCCCCAGUUAAAUGGAGGGGUAUGGGGCCCCUGGUAUAAAGAUGAUGAGGGAAAGAGCAGCCUUGUCACCAAUCAUGACAGCAAGAAGAAGCAGAAAAAGAAACUGAAAACGAAAAAGAAAGUGAGAUAGGCCUGGUUUGGCUUGGCUGUUCAUACUGUACUCUUCUCAGGGAAGUUAAAGGCCUCCCAUAUAGCUGCAUACGAACAAACAUACAGAUUCAUUGACUUGCAUGUACACACACAAAAUCAAUACAUUGUUUUGUAAUUGAGGGACUUCACUGAACAGGGUUGAGAUUGUGGUAAAUAGACUUUUAGGAAACACAAUGUUCUCAGAGAAUGCUGCUCUUUUUCUCUGUUUCCUGUUGAAUUUCAGAUAAUGGAUCUAUAUUUAAACUGACAAUGCCUUUUUGGUAGGAAAUACAAACAGUAUAAUAUAUUAUUGACUGACAGACACAUUUUGUCUAAAAAUAUACACUUAUAACUGAAGAUCCUGGUUUCAGUGAACAUGGAGAAUUAACUCUGUAACUGCUGUUGCAGGGUAAAUGAAAAGGAGCAAUUCCUGUCUUACCCUUUUAUAGUGAUAGUUCUUAGGGAUAUGCAAAAAGCCUGAUUUAUUUUGGCUAGAAUGCCCUCCUUUUUGCAUUUGAGUAUAAUGAUCUGGAGUCAAUAUGUUACAAUGGUGCUCUACUUGCUAAAAGAAAAUUCUAAUGCUACCCAAGUGCAUAUGUAUGUAAGACUUGUUAGGAUUAUAGCAGGGAUAGUAAUUAUUUUUCUACUAGUUCUGUAAAGGUGUUAUGACUUGUUUUAAACAAUGGUGAUGUAAAAAAAAAAAAAAAAAAAAAGAAACUCAAACAGAUACAACCCUUUUAAAAGCUGAUUGGGUGUGCCAUGUAAAAGUAGUACAGCAUGCAUGACAGUAAAGCUUUGGGAAAUCAUAGUGAAAUAAAAGUAAAAUGCAUUUUGUUAGAGGAAAAGUAUGGCAAGUAUCAAAUUUACCCAGGUAAGCUUUUAUGUGGAAAUGCAUUACUUGUUAAAGGUUUUGAAGGAUAAGAAGUUUACACAAGUUUACAUAGCAGAAAUAAACAAUAGGACCUGAAGAAGAGGGCUGCAUGUCUGCUAAAGGCCCGCCUCGUGCAGUUAAAUGGCCUUUACUGGAGUUUUUAAUAUUGACCAAUCAGGUUGAAGAACAGAUCUGUUCCAUUCUCUAAUAUUGCAUUAUGGUCAAUGGUCAAGUAUCUUCCAGAACAACCUGGUGGAAAAUAGGUAUUAAAAGCCAGGUUUUUUAUUAUUAACACAUUUUAGUUUGUGUUUAUUGUUAAAAGAAGAGGAUUUACACCAGGGAAAGUAUUUUACAAGUGGAGAAAAUAUGUAAUGUUAGUCAACCAAAAAAUAUAAUUCCUUAAUUCUUGGUAAAGGAACAACCCGUUUUUUCCAAAUUAAUUUUCCCUAGCUUUGUUGCUUCUGUCUGGCCCUUUUUCUUGGUUUCAAUGGCAACAUUUGCUGUAAACCUUGGAAAAUAAACAAAACAUGCACUCGUUUGCAAUUAAGGAAGGCUGUGACCUCCAGAUAAGAAGUAAUAGUUAACAUUUAAUGGAAAUGAAAAUGUUUACGGUCAUUUCUGGAAAGAGAUGCAUUAUUGAAGUCUGAGGGGAAAGAGAAAAAAGAUGGACAUUGUACAUUAUAAUUAUAAACCAUAGAAGGGGAUGCACUGUAGAAGUAUGCCUGAUUUUAUUUCUUUCAAUUCCAAUUGAUACCAUGAUUAAAACCUUGACUAAUGCUG